AGAGAGGCGUGGAUUCACUACAAGACGUACGCCUGGGGUGAGAACGAGUUGAGGCCCAUCUCCAAGAAGGGACACUCGGCCGGCAUUUUUGGCACAACUAAAUUAGGGGCCACAAUUGUGGACGGAUUGGACACACUAUUCAUUAUGGGAAUGAAGGAUGAGUUCAAAGAGGGCAGGGAUUGGGUCGACCAGAACUUGCACUUUGAUAGCAUAAACAGCGAAGUGUCGGUCUUUGAGACGAUAAUCCGUUUCGUCGGCGGUCUUCUCACGUGCUAUGCGUUCACCAAAGACGAGAUGUUUAUCUCUCGGGCCAAUGCUAUUGCCUCUAAAAUGCUGCCCGCGUUUGACACACCGACGGGAAUACCGCACGCGUUGAUCAACCCGGCGAGCGGUCACAGCAAGAACUAUGUCUGGGCCUCACAGUCCAGCUCUAUAUUAGCAGAAGUGGGAACUCUUCACUUGGAAUUCCAAUACUUGAGUGAUAUUACCGGUGAUGACACCUAUAAAGACAAAGUGAUGAAUGUUAGACGUAUUCUCAAAGGGCUGAGUAAACCCCACGGAGGACUCUAUCCCAACUAUAUUAGCCCUAAAACCGGUCAAUUCGGUCAACGGCUGAGUAAACCCCACGGAGGACUCUAUCCCAACUAUAUUAGCCCUAAAACCGGUCAAUUCGGUCAACCCCAUAUCUCGAUGGGUGCACUCGGAGACAGCUUUUAUGAAUACCUACUGAAGGAGUGGAUACAGUCGGGCGGCAAAGACAUGGAAGCGCGUCAUAUGUGGGACGAAGCGAUCGACGCGAUUGAGAAGAAUUUGGUGCAUAAGUCUGGCUCUGGUUUGACAUAUUUAGCGGAAAUGAAAUACGACAGACUCGAGCACAAGAUGGACCACUUGGCCUGCUUUUCGGGCGGUCUGAUCGCUCUGAGCGGCCAAUCGUUAGACCAAAAACAAAAGGACCAUUACUUGGAAUUGGGCGGCGAAUUGGCCCGAACUUGUCACGAGGCGUACAUCAGGACUGACACCAAAAUAGGUCCCGAAUCCUUCAGAUUCACACGUGAUGUCGAGGCAAAGGCAGUCAGGCCGAAUGAGAAGUAUUACAUCCAAAGGCCUGAAGUGAUAGAGGGCUGGUUUUACAUGUGGAGAGUGACCCACGACAACAAGUACAGGGAGUGGGCGUGGGAGGCGGCGCAGGCCAUACACAAGUACUGCCGCACAGACACCGGCUAUACCGGCAUCAAAAAUGUUUACGACGUAAACAGUCCUAAAGAUGACGUCCAACAGAGCUUUCUAUUGGCCGAAACAUUCAAAUACCUGUACCUAAUCUUCUCGUCCGACGAUUUAAUCUCAUUCGAGGAAUGGGUGUUCAAUACAGAAGCGCAUCCGUUGCCCAUUUCGGGCAAAAACCCCGCUUACCAUAAAAAGACCACAAAUAAAAGUUAAUUUUUUGGCCCAUAAUUGAGUUCGUUAUACAAGUAAUGAGUGAAUUGCAUUGACUCAUGCGGUGUUCUCUAAUACAACCAUUUUGUCAAUCAAAUUGAUUGCUUUUAACUAAUUAUUUCUAUACAUAAUCUAUAUUAGAUUGAGAUUAACUUUUAUUUCUUAUUUAAAAGCAUUCUUAUUUUUAUUAUUUAAUAAAUUUUAAACCAAGUUUAGUUCAAAAUAAAUAUUUAUUAGCGAAACACUUGGAGAGGUGUUUAGAGUUGACGACAGACCAAGACAUUUGAAUCUCAGUUAUUAAUUGUAAUUAAUAGAUACUCACAUUGAAGUGCACUAAAAACAAAAACAUUGAAAAGUGAUUUAAAAUUCAAAUUAAUGAUAAUUUGACACUUUAUUAGUUAAACUUUUAAUUUCUG